AUGGGUGACAACAGUGGCGACAAACAACCACCCAUAAUGAUGUCAUCUGGGGAACCAAGCUCAUUGGUUACCAACAACAACAAUGCAUCAACAUCAUCACAACCAAAUGCGAAUGGCCAACCUUCAUCAAACAAUGAGAAUACUCUACAACAGCCAACCACCGCCAAUGAUUACCGUAAAUCGUACGAGACAUCCUCUUCCGAGAACACGGCCGUGGAACGUGCAGGUCAUUGUGGUACAUUUGGCGAGCCAAACGCUGGUCAAGUCAACGUGAAUUCUGCUAUUGGUGAAUACAAUGAAUUGAAGCGUGAGUUGACAAAAGCAAGCGUCAAGGAAGACAUGCAAAAACCACAACCGCCGACCGAUUUGGAAAAGGGAAAGCUUUCACCUCCCAAGGAAGAAGAAUUCAAUUUGGAUGAUUUCCUUCAAAGCGUAGCUGUGAGAUGGGAAGAGGCAGGCAAAGUACCCAAAAAGCUGGGUUUGAUUUGGAAGGAUUUGCAUGUUGAGGGAGCUGGUGCAGAUGCGCAUACUAUUCCCACUGUGUUGAGUGAUCUUGUUAAUGUCAUUCAGCCUUGGAAAUACUUUGGCUAUGGCGUCAAGACAACCAAGAGGGUGAUCUUGGACAAGCUGAGUGGCUGUUGCAAAGAAGGCGAGAUGAUGCUAGUGCUAGGGCGUCCUGGUUCCGGAUGCUCUACCAUGUUGAAAAUAUUGGCAAAUGUCCGUGGAGCAUAUACCAAGGUUGACGGUGAAGUGAGCUAUGGCGGCAUUGAUGCACGCUAUUUUGCCAAGCACUAUCGUGGUCAAGUUGUAUAUAACGAAGAGGAGGAUCAACAUUACCCAACCCUUACAACCAAGCAAACUUUGCAAUUUGCACUGCGUUGCAAGACACCAGGUGAUAGAUUACCUGAUACGACGCAAAAGGAUUUUGUAAAUCGUGUCAUUUAUCUCUUGGGUAACAUGCUUGGUCUUACCAAGCAAAUGAAUACUAUGGUGGGCAAUGCUUUCAUUCGAGGUUUAUCAGGUGGAGAGCGUAAAAGAUUAUCAAUUGCGGAAGUUAUGACUACGCUUUCAUCUAUAAACUGCUGGGAUUGUAGCACCCGUGGUCUUGACGCUGCUUCAGCACUCGAUUAUGCACGCUCUUUACGCAUCAUGACCGAUAUUUUCAAAAGGACAACUGUUGCUUCAUUGUAUCAAGCAUCCAAUAGCAUCUACAACUUGUUCGACAAGGUUCUUGUGCUUGAUCAGGGUCAUUGUUUGUAUUUUGGUCCCGCCAAAGAUGCUAAGCGCUAUUUUGAAGACCUUGGAUUUCAUUGUCCUGCUCGCAAGUCGCAACCUGAUUUCUUGACCGGUCUAUGUAACCCCUUGGAGCGUGAAUUUAAACCUGGCUAUGAGGAAACAGCACCAAAGCACCCUGAUGAAUUCCAGGAAACAUACCUGAAAUCGAACAUGUAUCAACGCAUGAUGGAAGAGCUUCAAGAAUACGAGCAACACAUAGAGCGCACAAAGCCAGCUGAGGAAUUUCAAGAGGCUGUACGUCGUGAACAUCAAAAGCGUGCACCGAAAAAAGCACCCUACACAGCAAGCUUUUUGCACCAAGUUAAAGCUCUCACAGCUCGACAACAUCAUUUACUUAUCAAGGACAAGCAAACGCUCAUCUCACGUUAUGGUACAAUUCUUAUCCAAGGUCUCAUCACAGCCUCCUGCUUCUUUCAGAUGCCCACUACAGGUCUUGGUGCAUUCUCUCGAGGUGGUGCUUUAUUCUUUUCCCUUCUUUUCAAUGCAUUCAUUAGUCAAUCUGAGCUGAGUCGCUUUAUGAUGGGUCGUCCUGUGCUCGAGAAACACAAGCACUUUGCUAUGUAUCGUCCUUCAGCAUACUAUGUUGCACAAGUCAUCAUGGAUAUCCCUUAUGCUCUUGUUCAAGUUGCCCUGUUUUUGGUGUGUGCUUAUUUCAUGAUGGGUCUUAACCUCGAUGCUGGGCGCUUCUUUACGUUAUUCGCAACCCUUUUCUUCAUUAAUAUGAUGAUGAACGGGUUGUUUAGGCUUUUUGGAGCUGUCUCAAAAAGCCUUUACAUUGCCACUCAGAUAUCCGGUAUCAUUUUGAUUGCUCUAGUCACCUACAGUGGCUAUGUUAUCCCACAUGGUUCGAUGCAUCCUUGGUUGUAUUGGAUAUAUUGGAUAAACCCUUUGGCAUAUGGAUUUAAGACCAUGAUUUCCAACGAGAUGAUGGGUCAAAUAUACUCAUGCGAAGGACCAGGCAAUGCAGUGCCAUACGGCCCUGGUUAUGAUAAUUGGGAUUACAAGGUGUGCACCAUGAAGGGUGGGCAACCAGGACAAAACUUUGUGCUUGGCGAUGACUAUCUCAGAUCACAAUACAGCUAUUACACCUCACAGCUUUGGGCACCCAACUUUGUUGUGAUCAUUGGAUUUUGGUUGCUCUUCACGUUUUUGACAGCAUUAGCAAUGGAAAAACUGACGCCAGAGUCGGGUGGACAUACCACAAAGUUGUAUUUGCCUGGUAAAGCUCCACAACCAUUGACCAAAGAAGAAGAUAAGAGACGACGUGAUCGACAAGCACAAAUCACCGAGCAAAUGAAAAGUGCUUCAGGUGAAGAAGGCACGACGUUCUCUUGGCAUCACGUGGAUUAUACCGUGCCAUACAAGGGUGGACCACUUCAAUUGCUUAAUGAUGUUUCGGGGAUUGUUAAGCCUGGUCAUUUGACGGCACUCAUGGGUUCUUCUGGUGCUGGCAAAACCACAUUAUUGGAUGUACUCGCCAAACGUAAGACCAUUGGCAAGGUUGACGGCCGUGUAUACUUGAAUGGUGAAGCGUUGAUGAAAGAUUUUGAGCGUAUCACGGGCUAUUGUGAGCAAAUGGAUGUGCAUCAACCUGCAGUUACUGUACGUGAAGGUAUGCGAUUCUCAGCUUAUUUGAGACAACCACCAGAAGUAUCCAAGGAAGAGAAGGAUGCCUAUGUCGAAGAUAUCAUUACACUCCUUGAGAUGGAAGACAUUGCAGAUGCCCAAGUUGGUGAUAUCGAUGAAGGUUCUGGUAUCUCGGUGGAAGAACGUAAACGACUCACCAUUGGCAUGGAGCUCGUUGCCAAACCACGGUUGCUGUUUUUGGAUGAGCCAACAUCAGGUCUUGAUGCACAAAGUUCUUUCAACAUUGUACGCUUUAUUCGCAAGCUUGCUGAUGCAGGAUGGCCAGUAUUGUGUACCAUCCACCAGCCGUCUGCCAUCUUAUUUGAAUACUUUGACCAUCUUUUGUUGCUUGUACGUGGUGGCAAAACAGCCUACUAUGGUGAAAUCGGAAAGGAUUCAAGCACCAUGAUCAAUUACUUUGAAUCCAAAGGAGGGCCAAAAUGUUCACAAGAUGCAAACCCAGCAGAGUACAUCCUUGAAGUGGCCGCAUCCAAAACGAGCGGCAUGGAUUGGGCAAAGAUCUGGCAGGAAUCGGAUGAAGCCAAAGCACUUGAAAAUGAACUUGAGGCAAUCCACCAAAAUGCUGAUCAGCAUCCUACUCGCCAUGCUAAAAUGUAUGCUACCAAUUUGUGGACCCAAUUCAAGCUUGUACACAAACGUAUGGCUCUCGCUUAUUGGCGUUCGCCCAAUUACAACAUCGGCCGGUUCUUUACCAUCAUGUGUAUUUCACUGCUCAAUGGUUUCACUUAUUGGAAAAUGUCAUACACAUCAUCCGAUAUGCAAAAUCGAGUCUUUGUGCUAUUGGCUACCUUUAUCAUGGCGCAAACUUUGAUUAUCCUUGCUCAACCCAAAUUUAUGACAGAGCGGCUCUACUUCCGUCGAGAGUAUGCAUCACGUUAUUACAGUUGGCUUCCCUUCGGCUUGACAUCCAUCCUUGUUGAGAUACCUUACGUGUUGGUAUUCUCGGCUUUCUUUAUGUGUGGAUUUUAUUGGACAGCAGGACUUGUCAAUCGACCCGAAAAUUGCGGCUACUUUUAUCUCAUUGUUAUCUUUUUCAUCUUUUGGGCUAUUACAUUGGGUUUUCUGAUAGCUGCGAUCUCGAGAAACCAUGUCAUGGCAUCUGUCAUCAACCCGCUCUUCAUCUCGAUAUUGAUUCUAUUCGCAGGCUUAAUGCAAACCCCACAAGCUAUGCCACGCUUUUGGUCAUCAUGGAUGUAUUGGCUUGAUCCCUUCCAUUAUUACAUUGAAGGAUUGACGGUGAAUGAAAUGGAGUCUUUGCCAGUUAUAUGUCAACCCAAGGACUUUUCAACGUUGAACCCACCACCUGGCCAAACCUGUGGGGAGUACAUGGCCAACUUUUUUGCUUCAGGAGCCACUGGCUAUAUAGCCAAUCCAAGUGCAACCAGCUCAUGCAAUUACUGCUCAUAUUCUUCCGGCCGUGAAUACUACACAACCAUGUUCCAAUGGGAUGCCGCUCACAAAUGGCGUAACUUGGGUAUCAUUAUCUGCUACUUUGCUUUCAAUGUCAUCCUUUUCCAAUUCCUUGUUUAUUUCACACGCAAGGCACAACGAUAG